AUGGAUUUCGUGCUACUUGACUUAUUCAAAUUCCUCAAUCUCGAUGCUGGUAUAGAAUUUCGAAUAAAACUAGCCAAAACUUUGAACGUUGAUGUCGGUCCAAACAGGAGUGCCGUCCAAAACAAGGCUCUACAUCAGAAAUUGAUGGAUGAAUUGGCUAGAAACAAUGGCCAACUACCAGCGAAGCUGUAUCGCAUCGAUGAACACGAAAAACUCCCACCGGAUCUGUUACAAGAUGUAGAUGGCACGCAGUUGAAGCAAAGUCAGACUAAAAACACCCUAGAUACAUUUUCUGGUGGUUAUAUGAGUGAAUAUAAGGAUGGAAUGUUGUUAGAAAAGACGAUGGAAAUCCCGCUCCUAGCUUCAACCGACAGGAAACUCACCAAAAACAAUUCUACUCCUUCAGAGAGCGAUGAAAGCAAAGUUUUGAGCCAUUCCUCAGAAAGUACUAGGGAUUUAUCUAAGUCUCUGUCGGGAAUCGAAGCAGUAGACAGCCAACUAGCUUGGAUAUUCCUCUUUCAGUGUUCUCUUACUAAAGUAAAUGUGGAGAAGCUUGCAAGAAACGUUAAGCGCUUGAUAGUGCGCUUUGGAAGAAACCUCGAGGGAGAGACGAGCGAAGGACUGCACAAACAGGCAGCAAAAUAUGUUUAA